AUGAGCACAAAUCGUAGAAGUUCUCCCAGAAAUACAAUGAAUCCACCAAAUAUCCUAAAAUCCAAGAAAUCCUCUGUUGAUAAAUCUGUUUGCGAAAAUGUUCCUUUAAGGAUUUUGGAUAAGAGAAAUCACGAAUUUGAUGAUGGUGAAUUUUUGGUGGAAUGGAAAGAUGGUACAACUUGCUGGUUGACGAGAUCCUUGAUUUAUAAUGAACAAUUGAUUCAGGAUUAUGAGGAGCAAUUGGAUGUAUCAACUAGUAGUGAAGACGUAAAUGACAGUGUGGAUUACCCCGAAGGGCCAGUAGGAUUAGCCAGAGGUCUUCAACCCGAGAAAAUCCUAGGAAUUACAAAUUCCCAUGGCGAAUUGAAAUUUCUGAUAAAAUGGGCAAAUUCCAUAGAUGCAGAUCUGGUGCCUGCCAAAGAUGUCAAUAAGAUUUACCCACGUAUGGUUAUCGAGUUUUACGAAAAUCGAAUCGUUUGGCAAGAGCCAGAGGAAGAAGAUAAAUAA